UAAACACCAGAAGAGACGGCUAAUUUCACAUCUAGAGACGUGAUGGUGCCAGAGACGUGCCUUUGUGCACGAAAGAGCUCGCUGUGUCGGAUGGCGAGGUAGACGGAUUCUGAAACCAAGGGCAGGGGAUUGAGUUUUCUUAUUUCUGUUAUCCAAGUGUAGAAAUGCACGGUCGCGUGACAGGCCAGGCCAUGGAGCUGCUGAGCAGCGGCGCGUCCAGGAUCAGCGUGACCAGGCUCUUUCUGUCCACGCCAGCGAAAGCGGCCGAUCCGAAAAGGUUUCGGUCUACAUCGUCCAUGUCCAGUUACACUGAGCUGGCUCGGGAGCGGUCCAAAACUGUUACUUCUUUCUACAAUCAGUCUGCCAUUGACGCGUCUGCCGAGAAGCCUUCUGUUAGACUGACCCCAGCCACUAUGCUGUAUGCAGGGAAGUCUCCUGAUGGACAACAUAUCCUGAGCAGUGCCAAGUAUCUACACAAAGAGCUACCUGUUCGUAUCGCCCACCGUAUCAAGGGCUUCCGCAGCCUGCCCUUCAUUAUCGGCUGCAACCCAACCAUUCUCCAAGUGCACGAGCUUUACAUCAGGGCCUACCACAUGCUGAGCGACUUCCCAGCUAUAAAAGACCAGGAGACUGAGGCUCGGUACAGCAAACUUGUAAAACAGCUUCUUGAUGAUCACAAAGAUGUUGUCACCAUGUUGGCCGAAGGAUUCAGGGAAUGCCGUAAACACAUAACGGACGAGACUUUGGUUCGUAAUUUCUUGGACACCACGCUGACGUCUCGUCUGGGCAUCCGCAUGCUGGCCACACACCACAUUGCCCUUCAUGAGGAUAACCCUGAUUUUGUAGGCAUUAUAUGCCGUCGCCUGUCCCCUAAAAAGAUCAUCGAGAAGUGGGUUGAUUUUGCUCGGCGUCUCUGUGAGCAUCAGUACGGGAACUCUCCACGGGUUCGCGUUAAUGGCCAUGUGGCGGCCCGCUUUCCCUUCAUUCCACUGCCACUGGACUACAUCCUGCCUGAGCUGCUGAAGAACGCCAUGAGGGCCACAAUGGAGAGUCACUUGGACACCCCUUACAAUGUGCCUGAUGUUUUGGUCACAAUCGCCAACAAUGACACAGACUUUGUCAUAAGGAUCUCAGACCGCGGCGGUGGCAUUCCUCAUACCAUUUUGGAUCAGGUGAUGGAUUACCACUUCAGCACGGCUGAACAGAGCACACAGGACCCCCGCAUGAGCAACCUUUUCAACAGCAUUACCAACAGCGGCCCCCAGUCCGGACCCAUGCACGGGUUUGGCUUUGGUCUGCCUACGUCUCGGGCGUACGCCGAAUACUUGGGGGGCUCCCUGGCCAUCCAGUCGAUGCAGGGCAUCGGCACAGACGUCUACCUGCGUCUCCGACACAUUGACGGCAAAGGAGAGAGCUUCAGAGUUUGAUACCGUGGUCCGUUCAUAGAGUUUUUGGUCCUUUUCUAUACAGAAGAUUUUAAGGCUCGAAGUCGAACCAAAAGCGGGAUGUUCAGCAGUUGUCCUUUCACUCAUAUUACCCGUCACGGCAUCAGUAUCACAUUUCGGAUCACGUUUUCUGCAGAUUAUGGGUGUAAUGCGUGCGAGUCGCACUGCGUUGUGUUUGUGUAGUGCACUGUGAUUUCUGUAAAACUUUCAGCCUUAAGAUUACAAAGUGAUUUGAUGAUUAAAACCCAUUGUGUUGCUGUCCACCGUCGGCAGUGGGACGAGUCCUUACACUCCAGACGCCUGCAGGAGACGCUCUUCAGUCAGCCAUAUUCUGCUUUUCUUCUGAAAUAGGAGUGAAUUGUUUGAACUUUUUGGAGAUGCAUGUUCGCUCCAGUGGCGAACGCAGAAAACUGCUAGUGAACACUGCAUAGAGAUCGACUGCCUUACGAAAAAGACUUGGUCAAAAUAUACCGUCUGUCUUGCUUUUGACAUUUCACAUUAACCGUAUGAGCUUAAGAGUUUCUUGUAGAUUUCAUGCCUGAAGUUGUUUGCUAAAAAGGCCCCUGAGGUUAUAGCACAGCGUAAAAUAAACAUAGCUGGGGUUUUUUUCUUUCUCUCUCCAGCAAACGGUGGUUAUAGAGAUGUUCAUGUUUGAAUGGGUGUUUUUUUUUUAACGACCCACCUGCACAUGUGGUCUUUUCAUCAUUUUGUUUAGUUCAUUUUCUAAAAGAAUGCCAACUUGUUUGAGACUCUGCGAGACCAUGAGAUAUAUUUACCUGAAUUCAUUUGAAAUUGACCCCAGAUGACAAAAGUUCAACUGAAAUACCAAUUGAACUGCUGGAGGAGUUCACAAUACAUGUAGUACAAGUAAUCCAUAACGUUUUGUCUUGUAAUGUUGUGCCUGUGGUUUCUUUUCUCUCUUUUUUUGAAUCGAUUUUCAGGAGAAGGAGCCUUGGUGUGUUUCCUGCUCAUCUGUUCUGGAUUUGUUGCCCCAGUUUGCCCUCUACUGGUGCAAUCUGAGUAUUGACUUUUGACUUUUAAACCAAUACAGACGUAAUGAUGAAGAUUUAGUGUAAUGAGUGAUGUACAGUAGGUUCUGGAUGAUUCAGGAGAACUAACAUGCACAUAUUAAGAUAUUCCUUUGUUUAUAUAAAAGGCCAAAUUGUGGCAUGACGCACCCAGAUUGAUAUCAAAGAUGGGAUCAUUUUAUUGUAUUUUGUUUUCUUUUGAUGUUGAGUUUGCAUUACAUAGAUGCCAAAUACGCAUAGCUUUUUUGGGCAUUAUAAAAUUCUGGAUGAGAA